AUGGAUUCACCUCGACGGAGACAUGAUCGCGAGUGGGUCAAGCGUAUCAUUCAAAGCCUCGAGGCGGAAAUCGAAGACAACGAGCAAAUACCCGUCAGCAUCUUUACCAUCCCCAAAACCCUGAUUUCCCCUAAAAUAGAGGCUUAUGCUCCUCAACAAGUCGCCCUGGGCCCUUACCAUCACCGUCGAUCAGACCUCUACGAGAUGGAGCGGUACAAGCUCUCUUCGGCUCGAAGAACCCAAAAAAAACUCACCACUGGUAAGUUACGGGACCUUGUGGCCCGCUUCAUGAAGUAUGAAAGCCGCAUCCGGGCUUACUACAACAAAUACUUGGAUUUCGAUGGAGAAACACUAGCAUGGAUGUUGGCGGUCGAUGCCGCAUUCCUGUUAGAGUACCUACAGACAUUCAACACAGAGAUGGCGGCAUCACUCACCAGAAUUGCUUCAAAUAUGUCGCAUUUGAUCGAUUUCACCAGACGGAAAUUCCUCGGCCGUGCAAUCCUAAGAGACAUUAUCAUGUUGGAGAACCAGAUUCCUCUCUUUCUACUCAGAGAGCUUCUUGGAUUUCACCAAAUUGAAAACCCUAAUGACGUGCUAGCCAAGAUGGUGAAGGGUCUGUACGAAGUUAUAUCCCCCAUCAAAGCCGUGGAUGAUUUCGCUUCAUAUGAAGAAGAAUUUCUAGCUAAAGGUAAUCACCUGCUGGAGCUUAUGUAUUACAUGCUUGUGCCCGCAACAAACCAAGGAGGAUCAAUCACGAUCUCUGUUGGGGUUGAGGACCAAGUCGAUAAAGAAGAACAUGAGAGAGAAGGAUGCUUUAGGAAAGCCUUCACAUCCAUGUCGAAUGCGUUAUCACGUCUUUGCUCAGCUCCCACUCGCUGCAUAAGAGGGAUUUUAGGGCUGGAAGGAAUCAAGAUCAUGGUGAAACUGCCAUUGGUAAUCAUCAGAAAGAUUCGUGGUGUUGCCACAGAAGGCGUGCUUGAAAAUCUAAUAACGUCAGCAGGAGAAGUGGCAGGUGGUGUAGAUUCGUCACAUUCUCAGACGGACGCGACACCUCUGGCAGAAGAACUCACCAUCCCCAACGUAACCCAACUCUCCAACGCCGGCAUCAAGUUCCAUCCUGCCAAUGGUGGCCUCACCACCAUUGAGUUCGACCUCUCGUCCACCACAUUCUAUCUACCGACCGUCGAUUUGGACGACAACUCGGAGGUCGUGAUGCGGAAUCUCAUAGCAUAUGAGGCGUCCGUUGGUCCAGGGAUGAUGGCAUUGUUGCGGUACGUAGAUCUGAUGAAGGGGAUCAUCGAUGGCGACGAGGAUGUGAAGUUGCUUAGGGAGGCGGGAAUCGUCUUGAAUCAUCUGAAGAGUGAUGCAGAGGUCGUGAAGCUUUGGGACAACAUGAGCAAAGGUGUGACGGCGACGAAGGUGCCGGUCCUCGACAAGGCAAUCAACGGCAUCAAUACAUACUACGAAGCAAGAUGGAGUGUUAGGGCUAAGAGGUUUAUGAAGAAGUAUGUUUUUGGCUCAUGGGCACUUCUUACCUUCUUAGCAGCCAACAUUUUGUUGCUGCUGACCGCUUUGGAAGCCUUUUGUUCCGUGUACGAUUGCAGCCGUUGGAUUUCUUCUAAGUAA